UUCUUACUUCUACUUCUAACAACGAAAAAAAUAAAAAAGUAACCAACAACUCUCUCUCUCAGCUUCAGCUCUGAUCUUUUCAGACUUUCUUUCCUUUAUUUGACUUUUUUUUUUUUUUUUUAAAUUUCUUGCUCCUCUCUCGCGCGGCAUUUUCCAUCCAAAAACUCACAUUAGCAACUAAGCCUCAAUACAUCGCAUCUGAAUCUCGAUUUUUAUUUUUCCUUCUUCCUUCAUUUGGAGAGGAAAUCUUCGAGCUCACAUUUUCUGGUUUUUUGGCCGUGAUGGGAAGGGAUCCUCCAUCGGACAUUGAAAGUAAGGUACACUCACAGCCAAGGCGGGUUGAUAACGUGAUCCAUCCCGUUGGGCCGGAGGCGUCCUCGAUGCCUGCGUACUUUUUCAGAGAGUUUCGGCCUUUUAAGAAAUGGUUCCCUUGGUUGAUACCGUCGUUUGUUGUUGCAAAUGUUGUUCUGUUUGUGAUCACCAUGUACAUCAACAAUUGCCCCGAGAACUCUGUUUCUUGCGUAGCUCCUUCUCUCGGGAGGUUCUCGUUUCAGCCCUUCAAGGAGAAUCCACUCCUGGGUCCUUCCUCAUCCACGUUACAGAAGAUGGGGGCUCUAGAUGUGGAUAAAGUGGUCCAUAAACACCAGGCAUGGCGCCUUAUUUCUUGCAUUUGGCUACAUGCCGGGGUUUUCCAUAUUCUUGCUAAUAUGUUGAGCCUCUUGUUUAUUGGAAUUCGGCUUGAGCAGGAAUUUGGUUUUGUGCGAAUUGGUUUGCUGUAUGUGAUCUCUGGACUUGGUGGGAGUUUGUUGUCAGCUCUAUUUAUCCAAUCCAAUAUCUCCGUCGGUGCUUCUGGUGCACUCUUUGGAUUACUAGGAGGCAUGCUUUCAGAACUCAUCACGAAUUGGACAAUAUAUUCAAAUAAGUUUGCAGCAUUAUUGACCCUCAUCUUCAUCAUUGUAGUUAAUUUAGCAGUGGGAAUCCUCCCACAUGUUGACAACUUUGCCCAUAUUGGAGGAUUUGUUUCAGGUUUUCUUCUUGGAUUUGUGUUCCUGAUUCGACCUCAGUUUGGAUGGAUUAACCAAAGAAGCAGUUCACAAUAUACAUCUUCCAUGAAACCUAAGCACAAGAUUUAUCAAUAUGUAUUAUGGAUCCUUGCUCUGAUUCUUCUAGUUGCUGGGUUUACCGCUGGCUUGGUUAUGCUUUUCCGAGGGGUUAAUGCAAACGACCAUUGUUCCUGGUGCCAUUAUUUGAGCUGCAUUCCUACUUCAAGAUGGAGCUGCAAGUCAGAGCAAAUGUACUGCCUGGAGAGCCAAAAUGGAGGCCAGUUCAACUUAACAUGCCCAAGCAAUGGGAAAAGCAGAAUUUAUGCACUAUCAAAUCCAUCUGAGUCUCAGAUCAGAACGCUAUGUACUCAACUUUGUACGUGAGAUAUACAUUGGUACAGUUAGAUUGGUUUGAAAGGCCUAGGGUUCGUUCUGUUAUACGCGUGCAUGUAAAUCAUUCAGCUUUUAGGCAUAGGUGAUUCGUAUGUGCGUAUGUUUGGAAUAUUUCUGUUUUAUCCAUUCAGUGAAUAAAUGUCUCUUCUUUUUUAGC